UUUUCUACAGAAAUAAAAUGAUCCCCUUAGAGCUGUACAGCUUCUUUCUUUGUACUGUGUAGUUUUAGGCGGCAAACACGUGGGUUCUGUUUUCCCGCGGUAUAGAAUUUAUUCUAAAUAUUUGUUGUUUUUUAUUUUAAUGCGCGACCCAUUGCAUAUUUAUUGCGUACUAAAAGAAAUUAAUUUGGAUUUGAUCGCUUGGUGCAUUUCAGCAAAAAUUAUUCUUCGACGAUGAAGAUACGUUGUCCAUUUGAUACGCUUCACAUGAUCGAUAAGAUCUAUUUUGAGGCUCAUAUCUCAAACUGUGCCAGUAGUUCGAAGAUGAGAAAAUGUCAAUAUAGUUAUACACAGCAGCAUCGACCGGGUACAGUAACCUUGGAAACAGUUAAAUAUCUAUCUGCGCCUGUAAUGAAAAAUUGGAGCAAGGAACAUGUAGAAACGUACGACCCUUGGAAGAGUACAGAAACAAGGAACGUCGUACGAUGUAUUGUAGGCUCAAGGUUGAUAAAAAAACAAUUCAAAUAUGCAGAACGUAAAAGAAUACAAGCCCUCUGUCGACAAGAUAAAAUUAGUCGAAAUCUAAGAAAAUGUUUUAAGCGUAACACGAUGAAGAAAUGUAUAAAUAUUUCACAACUUGUUCAAAAUAUGAAAAGAUUAUACGUGGAGGACUUUGAUAGUUUAUUAAACAGUAUCGAUAUUAGUAAAUUGUAUAUAAGCGAUGUAAACAGCUCUUUGGAUAAAAGAAGAUGCGCGCCGGUAGACAGUGAAAAGAUAUUGGUGAAAAAAUUAAAAGAGCUAAUGCUUUGCCGUUUACGAACGUAAUUCCAUGUAUAAAAAAAAAAGAGGAGAAACGCAUCACAUUUCAUCCAGAUCUGUUUGUAUUUAAUAUAGUUUGCUUCUAAU